GGAUGGUGAAAACGAACUAGGUUCACUACCUUCAUUGAUUUUACUUCACUUCUACGGCACCGUAAACAACCAUGGUGCUGCCUAAGCCCGUAUCGAGAAAAGACGACUCGAUGCCAUUCUUCCUCGGUCGCUCGUCUCUUCCAUUGGUUCGGAGCAAGUUGUUCUUGGUAGGAACCACGCUCGUGCUAUUUAUGUGGUCUCGCUCCUCUCUUUACCCGAGCAACGGGAUGUAUAGCAUCGGUGCCGAGAGUUCCACCACCAACCAUCGAACCAUCGACGAGACCACCAGGGUCGAAAAGCCGGAACCGGCCCAACCACCCACCAAAAUCGACACCGGCACGAGCGACCGGCACGACCUCAUUUCGCCGGAGGAGCUGGGCAGGCUCAUCGACGAGUUGCGCGGCGACGACCAUCGAUUGGUGCGAUGGGACGCUACCAAGCACACCCGAAAGAAACAGCGCCGUGGCGGCUGCGACGAGCUCCCCCGGGCACUGGACGCCGUUGCGUCGGAGGGCCGGGGGGUGGGGGCGUCGGACGGUCACAAGGCCCUUGCCUGCGAAUUCGCAACCUUUUGCAUCACGGACAAUCCUCGGCAGCGAGCGCGGCUCGGCCAGCACGAAGGGAUCCACGCCGCCGUGGUCGGGCUCGUCGCGUCCCCCGACGUCCGUGCUUCUGCCAUGGCGAGCCACCUGAUCUACAUCGCUACCUUUUCCAAUGCCAAAAACCACCGGGCCUUUGUCGAGCACGGUGCCGUCGGUGCGCUCGGUGCUCUCGUCAAGUCCGAGGCCUCGGAGCCGAUCCAGGCCAUGUGGGCGGCCGCCGCUCUGCAGAACCUUGCGGCGAGCUACUGCGACACGGAGGGCAACGGCCGAUGCUACUGGCGGUGGGACAAGAAAGCCCUGGACCGCCCCGUACUGGUGAUCAAGAAUUCCUCCCUCCCGAUGAUCUCCGAUGGAUCGGAGGCCCGGCGGCAGAUCCUGGACGACCCCGACCUCGUGCGGGCGCUUGCCGGGCACGCCUGUAGGGGCCCCGUCUCGGGAACGGAGGGCCCGGGGAAUCCCUUUCCCGGCGAGCACGCCGUGGCCGGGAGGGACGACCGGUCCCCGAACAUUGUUCCGUGGGCGGCCGCCGGGGCCCUGAAAAACGCUGCCCUGUCCCUUUCGCCCGGAUUCCUGGAAGCCCUGGACCCCGCCAUGCCGUGCUUCUGCCGGAUGGCCCGGUCGGACGACUGGCUCGAGGCGAACAAGGCCGGGCACGUCCUCGACCAUACCCGGCGCAGGGACCCCUGCUGGUUCGGCCCGGGCGGGGAGGACUACGAGGCGCCCGGUGCCGAGCUGUGCGUCGACCGGUACUUUGUCGACGGGGAGGGCUACGACUGCUCCGGGUACGAGCGAGCGGGAGGGGACGAGUGCGCCACGGGGGACGCCACCGGCACCACGCGGGCCAGCGAGGCCUGCUGUCCCUGCGGGGGGGGGACCCGGGGCGGGCCGGUCCGGCCCGGGGCCGGGGGCUGAGGCACCGGGGCGAGCCAAGAUCCAAGACCCGCAGCGACGACGAAAGAACGCGCGCGGGCGCUUGCUUUUUUCUUUUUGGCGUCUUCGGUAGUUCUAGUAGCAGCACCCGUGCGAAACCAGGAUUUCAUGCAUCAUUUUACAUGCG